AAUCCAAACCAGGUAGUAGCCGCAAAUAGGUCACGUCUGAACCGGUUUAUAGACCUGCGUAACGAGAGCUCCUGAAAGUGAAAUUAGACGUGUCCGUGCCAACAUGAAGGUAAACACACAAGGUGAGAUCCAGAUGAAACCACAGACUGUGAACAGGCUCCAGUUGAAAUGUCCAGUAACAGACGCGUGAGUGUGUUGCGCGGUGUUUUAAGGGACGUGUUGUGCGUCCAUCCGCCGCAAUGUGGAAGUGAGGACAAGUGUUGCUGAAUACCUUCAAUGGACAGUGUUUGCGGUUCGAAAGUGAAGUCUGAACUUUUCUACGCCAGGAGAGGUGGGGAAGUUUGCGUGUGAGUGUGCCACUCAUAUAAAAGUCACCCAGAACUGACAGAAGCGCCAUUGGUUCCGGACAUCAGUGAUCAAGAUGAAGUUCUUCACUUGCAGCAUCAUCAUGUCUGUAUUUCUUAAAGUCUCCAGCCAAAAUCCUCUGGACGUUUGGACUCUGCUCCCCAACAUUCUGGUUGUGGAGGUGAACGGCUCUCCGGGCCAGCAGCCCCUGAGCUGCUUGGGCUCGCCACAGGAGGGGUCAAGGAAAGACAACAAGAGUCAGGACAUUAUUUGGAAGAAGAAUGGAGUAGUGGAAGAACAGAGAGGAAACUCGUACUUGGUGCAGCUGGAGGAAAGUUUAGGAGGGGGCAACUACACCUGCCACAGAGAGGACGGAUCACUGGUCAAUCACACGGUGGUUCUGAUCCAGGAGGAGGAAACCGAGAGGGGGACGAUUCUUGUAAAAAAUGAUCAAGGAAAUUACUUGAAGUGCUUGGCUCAAAAUUACAACGGAGAGUUUCACUGCUCUUGGACCUGGCACACAAGUUGUGUCGGCAAAGUAGAAUUUAUCAAAGUUUGGCGCAUUUCUGACGACAGUGACAACCAGUGUUCUUUGGACACCAGUACCCAGCGCUGGACGUGCUCCUCAGGUCAGAGGAACUUCAGCUGCUCAGUCGAUGAACAUGGACACGGGAUCUCCUGCCGGGACGACCAGCACUGCCCCUACGCUGAGGAGAGCCAGCGGAUCUACGUCGCUGUGUACGUUAGGACCCAGCACUUCCUGGUGGAGAUCUACUCUCAACGGUUUUACCUGGCAGAGAUAGUGAAACCUGACAUGGUGAGGAUCAGUAAAGUCAACACUACGAUGAUAGAGUGGAGUUACCCGAGCUCCUGGAGCAGUCCCUACUCCUACUUCCCUCUCACGUUCCAGAUAGCACAGCUCAGGCGGGGAUGCAAAUGGUGUGACAAACCCUGCACUGAGUCAAAACAUGCAAAAACACUGACAGUCCAAUCCACAGACAUUUGCCGAUUUAAAGUCAAGCACAGGGCCCAGGCUGUGUGUGUCCGAGCAAAGGAUGCUCUCUGUAACUCCCAGUGGAGCGAGUGGAGCCACCUCAGAUUGAGGAGAAAGAAAAAGAACAAACGUCGGCAAAACGGUGAAUAAGCCUAACAGAAGAGCGAGGAUCCAAACACUGGACAUUUUUGACUUUGUGUAGUUUUGUUUAUUUAUAUGAUUUUAUAUAUUCCUAUUUAUCCUAUAGUACAUAAUUAUGUUUUUAAUGUAUUAUAA